AAUCAACCGAAAGAAAAGAAAGACCAAAGUUGCAUUUCAGUUUUUCCGAGAUUUUCAAAGCAUUAAAAGGUGCAUUCGGUUUCCUCAUAUAUUCUGACUGGAAUCGCAUUUUUCAAUAUUUCCUAAACAGAAAGUGAGAAUUUGCUUAUUAGAUUAAAACGUAUCUAAAAGAUAUCUACCAUCAAUUUGCAUAUAUGAAAUUUGAUUAAAAAUGAGAAGAUGAAAUAACUUGUAUUCAAAGUUAUAAAUGAAACAUGAAAAGAAUAAAAAUGAAAAUGGAAAAAUCUAUAACACGAAGUGGAAAUAAAGAUGAAGUGUGAAUGAAAAUUGUGCAAGGUGGAGUGUCGAGCGUGGUGGAGCGGAGUAGAACUGAAAAAGGAAAUAAGCGGUGCGUGGAGUGAAACGGAAAGAACCGUGUAGUGAUACUGCCUUGUAAAAGAUAAUUUUAAUUUAAAAAUAGGAUAUAUAGAUAUGUAGACCAUUAAAAUAUAGGGCGCAUGUUAAAAUAAAUAAAAUUUAGAUUUAAAAAUGUGAAGAAAUCUGAUUCUUUAGGUUCUGCUUCGUUGAAUUGAAUCCCUUUUGUCACUUGAGGAAGUACCUUCUAUAAUAAGAGUGGCUGAAAAAAUAGAUAUGUAUAUAAAUAAAAUGCUACAAACAAUGGAGUAGUAAUGUAAGAUGCUGUAUAGAUGCGUUUGUAUUGUGUGGAAGUGAGGAGCACAGCGGCUGCAGUUACAACAAUAAAAAAAUACUUACAAAGCAGAGCCACUACGUAAAAAUAGGUGUGAGAGCAAUAAAACGUUCAAGAAAAGAAGGGUCAACGUGUGGAGGUGUAGUAUAAAGACGCUCAAAGCGAAAUCUUCCGAGUGAGGAUUGUGCAGAUUGACCGGCUGACCGUGCCAGUAAAUAACCGAAGACAUACCUUGUCAAUAUAAUAGCGAGUAUAUAGCAGGGAAGAGGCUGCUAGAUUACAAGUCUGCGAAAGCAAUGAGUACCGCAUAGUUGRUGAUGGCGGCUGUAGAGACUUGAGCUUGUAAUUGGGAGUAGAGCAGCGCAAACGUAAAAACGAAUCAACGAAUUUCACAAUUCUAAAUACACGAAAUCUACGCCCCAAAGCCAAAAUUAAGCAAUCAAUAACUAUCGAUGAUGUAGCAAAAUGCUGUAAUAUAACAUAAAUUAACCGAAAUCAACAAAGUCGACGACCCGCUGACAGCAGAAGAAACUUAUACACAUACACAUACAAACGCCAAAAAAGUAGAGGCGAAUAAACUCGUAAAGAUUAGUGGAUAAAAAAAUGUCAAUGCUGCCACUAGCGGGCAGUGCCUCCGGUACACAUCUACGUCCACUAUCAUUGAGCGGUCCAGAGCGUGAACCUGUACAAUUUACGGUUAAUUUGGUUGGCGCACCGCCCGAAGUCGAGCAGCUGGUCGAACAAAUCAAACACGUAGCCGAACAGUUUCUGUAUCAUUGGAAAACCUUCCCAAUCGUACUCCCGCAACCGCUAUCCGCAACAACACUAGUGCUGACCGUCAACAAUGCAACGAACAGCGUCAGUAACCGCAACAAAACGCGACCGAUUAAUUUGCGCGACCUAUUUAUAGCGCCGCCCUUUGAUGAGUUGGAUGCCGUUGCAUCGGAUGGCAGCGGUGAACCGCGACGCCUCACCAAUUCGCAGCUGAAGUCAUUGCGAGAGUCUGGCUUGCAAAAGGAUAAAUACGGCAAGCCAAAGAAAUUAACUUUGGCACAAUUGGAAACAAUACGUAAAAAUGGUGAAUUCGAUGUGCCCAGCUUGCACUUUCCCGGUCAGGUGCAUAAGUGGCGACUGUCACAGCUGCUGCAGAAGGGCACAUUGCGCGCCCAUGAUUCCUUCCUCAGCGACUUGGCGCUGGCCGCGCGUUUUAUUGUUGUAACGGCGCGUGCGCGCAUUUUUGGGCAUUUCUUUUCGGUAGUGCAUGCCGCGCAAGCACUGCUAGAUGGUAUCAUCAAGCUGUUCGAUAUGUUUAUCGGAGUGCCGGCAUUGCUCGCACAUAACUUGGAUUAUAAAAUCAAGGAGGAGCGCUGCCGCUUUCUAAUCGCGGAGCUUGUGUGUCGCCCCGAAUUCGAGGACUGUCUAGAUGGGCUGUGUUCGUACGUGCGCAAAAUGCUGCGUCGCGCCACAAUGGAAAAAUUCGAUUUCAAUAGCUGUGAGGUAACGCAACCGGUUCCGUAUCUCUUUCUCACGCCCAAGGGUCAGGAGAUUGAUUUGCGGCUGUUCUGCCGUGACGUCAUGCGCAAAGCGCUGCCGGUGCUUAUCGGCAUAUUGGAGCGCGAGACACGCGGCUGGUUUCUGCACUUUCGCGAGCGCCUCAUUGCAGAGCUGCGCGCCAAAAAGCUCAGCGACAAGGAAAUCGAGGAGGAAGUAAAUGAGGCGGUUAUGAAGGAAUACCUGCAACGCGUCUACUCCUCCAUACUGUCGAAUCCCAAGUUAGCGGAGCUGGGUGAUGGCAUUCCCGAACUUCUGGUUCAACAGGCACAAUCUGUUGUGUUCAUGUACAAGGCGAUGGAUAAAGUGCAGAAGGAUAUUAAGCGCACUCGCGAAGAUCAUCAGAAAUGUCUUGCCAACGAUCAUUCGGUUUUGUCGCGGGUUGCGCCUUGGCUACGCUCGAAAUUGCGCAAAGCCGAGGAGAGCAAACUCAGUAAAUCCGCAUGGUCGGCACAUGAGGAGGCGCUAAAAAUGUGCACCAAAAAUAAUUUGCACCAAACUGCCUAUUUUCUUAGUCGCGACUUGGCAUUCAUGAAAGAGCGCGAACCAGUUCUACUCAAAGAGCUUAAGAAUGCGAAAACGCCGACACGCAGCUUCCAAUGGGCUUGCCGCAUAUGGUCGCCGAGUGCUUGGAUAAUACGACGAAACUUUCAAGGUCAAUCGGAUGUGAUACCUACAGUAAUUAGUCAGCAGGCUACCUCGAUUGUAACGCCACGCUCUGAUCCCAGUCAGCCGGUAUUCUUGGUGGAGAAGGAAAUCAUACGUACAACCAGCACGCGCUGGCCACUUUGGCGUUUACUAAAUUUACUGCAGCGCACCUGGUGUUGGACAUGGAACAUGAUGUUUCUGCUCGGCAUACUGGUGCCCUGGUGCAGUCCAUUAGGAUUGCGUGCACUCUUCUGUGUGAAGCCGUUCAUGCCGGACUUGGAGCUGUCGCAGAUCAAUGGCACUCUGUUUCCGCGCAAGACCAGCAUUACGCAGACGAUGGCCUCACGCUUGAUCGAACUCUGGCGACACAUAUCAAAAUCACGUACACACUUCGAAACGGAACCGGACACUGGCUUCAUUGGCAAAGGAUUGACGCGUAACUUAAAUCGAGUGUGGAAUUAUUUCUUUAAGGGCUUUCUCGGCACUCUUAUCAUACUAUUCGCCUUUCCGUUGAUUUGCUUAGCCACCAGUUUUCUCAGUAUUGCACUAGCGCUGACCGCGCCACUUUGGAUUCCUAUAUUUACAAUGCUUUUGCAUCUCUAUAUGAUACUCAUCUACGAUUUGGACUGUCCGGAUAACUCGCGAAAUCGUUACUGUAUACUCCUGGAGGCUGUUAUUUGGAACAUUAUGAUACAGGGGCUUUUACAACCGGUUGCCGCCGUUUUGGUCGCUACGUUCUGCUGUCCGCUGGCAUCGAGCAUAAUUUUAGUCGUUGGCGUGGCCCGCUUCUCGCUCCGGCUGCUAUGGGAUUCCUUGACGUUUCACUUGUUCAUAAAGAAAUGUGGUCGUGUACCGGCCUCCGAUAGCAUUGCUGUGAGGCGUAUAGCUGGACCGGGCCUAGCGCUCGACUACUAUUUUAUCAUCAAACCCGAACAAGCUUUGGCAGCGUUUGAGGCGAAAAUGGAGUUGGAUGAACUUCAAGCAUAUCAACACGCUAUGGAGCGCAUCAUACUACAGCCGCAAAAAGAUUUCAGUCAAUUUGUAGAAGCCUGCUUUGGUCCAUUCUCGGCCCAGUUGGCGAAAACAGGGCCGUAUAUGACACUGGAUCKCGAGGCACAUGAUCUAAUGAGCACCCUACACGAAAAGUUGGAAAAACGGAGACGAGAACUACAAACCUCGCUGACAACACAGGUGAAAACGCGCAUAAAAUUAAAUACCAAGGAGUUAAAGAUUGCCAUACAACUGGCCGCCCAUAUAUUAGAGAAAUGUUAUCCGUCACAUGUUAUUGCCAGGCUGUCCAUUAGUGAAGAUGACUUUUGGGAUAAUAAGGGCCUUAGCGUAAACGAUUGGCCCGGUCUGGCCGGUCUCAUGUAUACCGAAAUAUUUAGCUUAGAUUUUCUAACGCCAUUGACUGAGAACGACACACAUUUUAAACUAGAACCGCAUCCCUCGCUCGACUUAACACGUUACACAGAAAUGGUACAAAACGCUACCGAUGUGAUAGGUUCCAAAGGUUUGGAUUUGCUGGGUAACGUGUACGCGCCGCGUGGUAAUGUGCAAGUGCAUUUGCCAUUCCUCGAAGUGACGGCCUUCAAUCCGCGUUCCAGAAUCACGCUCAACUUCAGGAAGCCAGAAAAGCGAGACAUGUCCGUCGGCUUGACGACGCCACGUGUGCGCGCACACCGUUCACAAAACGCGAAAGCGCCAGAGCCGCUGAAAUCUUGGCGUCCAUGGAAAAAGAAAGCGGACGAGAAGAGCGUUACGGAGAAGUUGCUUAUACCGUUACCUGUGCCGCAUCCUGUGCACAUUGCCAUCGCCAUACACAAUCGUGACUCCGAAAAUCCUAUACCGCUCGACUCGGAACUUGUGUGGGAAAUACUCAAGUCAAUCGAGGAUUGUCAWGGCGGUGAUGUGAUGGCUGUGCAAUCAGUUGCGCGCUAUCGCGGUGUUGUAACAGAAUCUAGUAACGACUCGUUAGCCACUAGUAGCAGCAUUGGCAGCACACGUGAUUCGGGUUCCGGCUCAGGCAUUGUUGGCAACGGCACCGAAACAUUGCCCUGCGUUAACCGUGAGGUUUGCACGCAGGUAAAAGUGUCCGAGGAGCCGGUACAAACGUCCGGCUUCCAUUGGACGCUCAGCAAUUGGGGUGCCGCGCAAACGGCGCGACGACGCACCAACUCGAAUGUGCGCGUUGACUUGGCUAGCCCUGAAGAUAUAUCACUGGACACAGAUAGUUCGCGCGCCGUCUUCAACGCAUAUGGCACAACGGUUUAAGACGGCCGACUAGUGUAUAGGGCGAUUCGCCCGCGUACAGUAGCUAAAGUUAGCUAAUAAAUUUAUAAUGAAUGGUUUUUAAUUUACAUAUAAAUUGGCGAGUAUUUUUUAUGCAGCAUAUGAAUGCGCGUCAAUCCGCUUGGUUUUGUAUGUGAAGUAGUUGCAGCACUGGCAGCGGACGUUCAUACAACGAGUGUCAUAUGUUCUUGCGCAUACAUUUCCAUAUGCAUUCGUUCAUAUAUAUAGUAUAUAGUAUAUAUACGUACAUAUGUAUUGAUGGAGCAUUCAUAGUAGUUAUAUAUAUACAUAUUAAUCAACAGGCAUAUACAUAUAUAUUUGUAUAACAUAGCAUGUACACAUACAUUAUAGAUUUACAAUGUGCAACACGCAUACAUACAGCUAACUGCUGUAUGACUAUUUUAUUGUACAUCCAUAUGAAGCAUCUAGUCGUGCGAACAAAAAARUAAAUAUUAAGUGAGCCAUUUCAAUAUUUUCAUUAACAUUGUAGUUACACUUCUUGCAUUGGUCAGUUGUUGCAACAGUUUUUUGCUUUAUUUUUUUUCUUUUUUUUUUACAAAAUUUUGUUAAUUUUUUUUUUCGCAUACAUAAGUAUUUUAAAAAUUCGUUUGAGAAAUAAAUGAACAAGUAGCGCAUAGUCCACGUUUUCAUAUAAAUAAGUGCUUGCUUUAAUAUGCCAUGCUGGCAAUGAAAACUCAUUUUCCACUUUAUAUAGUUACUKUAUAACAUAUAUAUUUACUCAGAUUGAACUCGAAUAUCGCACUUAGAUUAUGUAAUAUUUUUUUAUGUUUUUCUUGCAGCUUUCUUCUAUAGCUCUAAGUCUAACUGUUAUAAGCGUAUCCUUUAAAGCCAUUUUGUUUAUGGCAAUGCCGUUAGAACUCUACUUAUUUACAAGUGUUAACAUGAAAUACAAUUUUUUUAUUUUAUUAUA